GAGCCAACCAAUCGCCUGAAAACUAACUUUUUUCUCACAGUGGAAAGGAGGAGUUGAUAAAGACCUGCAUGCUAUGCCUAUGUUAGUUCUGCUCGCCUUUCUUCCACGACAAACUAUACCUUGCCUCCAUUCGCGCCAAGACAGAUUACUUGUGUUCGUGGCGCCUCUACAAUAUAUACGCACGCGCGGACGCACGUCCCGUGCCAAUGGCGAUACACUCCUCGCGACCGCUUGCUGCAACAAUGGCGCCAUGGAAGACGAAGCUGCUGCCGCUGCUUUUGGUGCACCUGCUUGUUGUCCGCGGCGGCGACGGCGCAGCAGUGUUCUCCGGGUACACGUUCAAGGGGCAGGGGGAGGCCGAGGCCUUCGAGGACGCGCUGCUGCGACAGGCGUGCUUCAACGUCUCCUCCUCCGGCGCCGGGCGCGGCCAUUGCGUCUCACGCCUCGACACGGCGCGCGGCGGGGCCGGCAGCGGCCCGGUGCCCGUCCUCCGCGCCGCGCUCCGCGACACGCUCAGCGAGGCCGUGGGCGCCGUGGGAUCCGUCGCACGCCUGGCGUCGCUGUCCAACCACGAGCGCGAGGAGAUGGCCGUGCGCGACUGCAUCGAGCUGCUGGGGUACUCCGUCGACGAGCUCGGCUGGUCGCUCGACGCCAUGGCCGAGCCUGUCGAUGGCGCGGAGAUGGAGACAGAGACGGAGUCAGAGCACGGCAUGUCGGCCGGUGGCGUCCGCAAAGGCGCGCGUGCCGAAGACGACCUCCACGCCUGGCUCAGCGCCGCGCUGGGCAACCAGGACACCUGUACGGAGGGCUUCCGCGGCACGGAUGGCCGCCUGCUGCGCCGCGUCGAGUCGUCCGUCGCGCAGCUGACGCAGCUGGUGAGCAACCUCCUUGCCAUGCACAAGCGCCUGCGCAGCAUCAUGCCGCUGCGCCAGCGCGGCAAGAACGACACGGCGGCGUCCGGCGCCGACUCGGAGCUGCCUCCGUGGGUGGCGGACAUCGCCGGCGGCAUCAAUGAGGAGAUCUCGGAGAAAGCGCGCGCCCGGGGCCGGUCCGGCGGGAAGAAGGCGAUGCACGUGGACGUGGUGGUGGCGCAGGACGGGAGCGGCAGGUACCGGUCCGUCGGCGAGGCGGUGGCGCGCGCGCCGAACCACGGCAGGAGGAGGUACGUCAUCUACGUGAAGCGAGGGGUGUACUACGAGAACGUGGACGUGAAGAAGAAGAAGACCAACAUUGUGAUCGUCGGGGAGGGCAUGGGCGAGACCGUCAUCACCGGCAGACGGAGCUUCUCCAGCGGCUGGACCACGUUCCGGAGCGCCACCUUCGCCGUGUCCGGCGCGGGGUUCGUGGCUCGGGACCUGACGAUCCGCAACACGGCGGGGCCGGCGGCGCACCAGGCGGUGGCGCUGCGCGUGGACGCGGACCGCUCCGCCUUCUUCCGCGUCGCUGUGGAGGGGCACCAGGACACGUUGUACGCGCACUCGCUGCGCCAGUUCUACCGCGACUGCCGCGUCUCCGGCACCGUCGACUUCGUCUUCGGCAACGGCAUCGCCGUGAUCCAGCGCACCACCCUCGCCACGCUGCCGCUGGCGCCGGGGCAGACGGGGAGCGUCACGGCGCAGGGCCGGAAGGACCCGAACCAGAACACGGGCUUCUCCAUCCACGACUGCGUCGUGGAGGCCAAGCACCCGACCUACCUCGGCCGGCCGUGGAAGCCCUUCUCGCGGGUUGUGGUCAUGGAGUCCUACCUCGGCGCCGGCGUGCGCUCGCGCGGGUGGCUGGAGUGGGCAGGGGACGUCGGUCUCGGCACGCUGUUCUACGGGGAGUACAGGAACUUCGGGCCCGGUGCCGGGGUCGCCGGCCGGGUGAGGUGGCCGGGGUACCACGUCAUCAUGGACCCGAAAUGGGCCAGCCGCUUCACCGUGAGGCGCUUCAUCGACGGCCUCGCUUGGCUUCCGUCCACCGGCGUCACCUUCACCGCCGACCUAAUCAAGAAAUGACACACAUCAAUGUGAAUGUUACUACUAAUUUACAUUAAACUAGUUAUUUCGGAAGAGAGUGUUUUUUUUUCACCGAGCCGCGCCAUAGCUGUUAGGAUUGUUAGAAUUUAAUUAGUCUUUAAUUAAAGGGUGUUAAUCCCUGCUUGUAACUGCAUUGUUUAUAGCCAGUCAUUUAGGGAAUCGUCAUUAGGCGGUUAUUCCCCGGAGCGUCGCCUCCCAGAAACCGACCUAAUCACGCCUGUUCCCCCUAUAUAUAUGUAAAAUCUUCAUCAAUCGAAUACAAGUGAUUUCAUUUCAA